AAAUAGAAUACAGUAGAUAUACAUAUUUUUAUCAUGAGAAAAGCGAAAUUUGUUUGAACAUUGAAAACAAUUAAGAAAUUAUUGCAAUUGAGCUGUCAUGGUUUUCAUAGAACUGUUGUAGUUACCUGUGAAUGUAAACAAUAUGAAGAAAACAAUUGAUAUACUAUGUUAACUAUGCACGAAGCAUAUGAUUAUACAGACUUACAUGUCUUCAUACCUCCAUAUGUACAUACAUAUAAUGAAAACUAAAAACUUGAUCUCAAUUCUGAGUCGCCGGCAAUAAUUGUGUUUUGUUUAUGUGUGUAACAUGUGUAACGAACACCGAUUCUCUUGGAAUAAAAUGCUAUAUAUCCAUUACAAAAGAAAUCAUAUAAAUACGACGUAAGGAACAUUCUAUAAAUAAGACAUUUGGUAAAUGCAAAGUUUUAAAAUGGAAGAUGGAAAUCAGGGCCGUGUUCAGGAUACGAACAUGAUUGAAAAUGAUGGUAUACCUAAGCCGGAUCCUCGUACAAAUGUUUUUGGUUAUCAAACGCCAAAUAAUAUGUUAAGCCAUCGUAAUUUGAUGACCAGUCAUGCCGAGAUGAUUGCCAAUCAUCCACAUUUGAUGCCUAGCCUUCCAGAGAUGUCAAAUAAUCAUCCAGAGUUGUCAGCUAAUCUUCAAGAGAGGAUUGCCAGUCAUUCAGAGUUGAUGGUCAAUCAUCCCGAGAGAGUUGUCAAUCAUGCAGAAUUAAUUGCUAAUCAGGAGAGGAUUAUGAAUCAUCCGGAAAUGUUAGCCAGACAUCAGGAAAGAACUGUCAGUCACGCAGAGUUGAUUGCCAAUCAGGAGAGGAUUGCCAACCAUUCAGAAUUAUUAGCGAAUCAUCAGGAGAGAAUUGCCAAUCACGCAGAAAUGAUUGCAAAUCAACAGGGAAGGCUUGUCAAUCACGCAGAGUUGCUUGCCAAUCAUGCGUUAGCGAAUCAUGCGGAAAUGCUGGCAAAUCGUUCCGAGUUGAUGGCGAAUCACCACGCCUUAGAUAUUGGAGGAAGAACUACUGCCACGACUAAUAUAGGAAACAUGAUGCCCUCUAUCUUAAAUCCAUACGCACCCAACGAAAGUUUGCCGGAUGCAACGACCAACAAUCCAUCACUUGUGCCUCCUUCUGCCCAUGGUCAAAAACGAAAAAAUACACAAAAUAAGGAUGAGAAUGCAAGCAACAAGAAGAACAUGUUGUCAGCUGCAACAGCAGCUGAGGAGAAGAAAAAUAAUCAUCUAAGGAAAAAUAUACGAGAUGUGAUGAACGAGAACAAUUUGGAUACGACAACGCUGGCAGCUCAACGCGAGGAAUCGGAACGAUUAGCUCGAGUUGCCGAUCAACAGAAAUCGAUGCGAGAAAUUCGCAAACAGGCCGUGCAACAGAACUUCUUUCGCAUUUUAAACUUUGAAGACUCUGAUGAAGUUAAGAGUCCCGUAGAUAAUCCUAUUGUCUUGCCGGAUGAUGAAUUGGCAUCAGUGACAUGUGAUGAAACGAGCAGUAGUUUAAGUUGCAGCAUGGAUGAUGUUUUAGAUAAAGACACUAGCAACGAACCAACAAAUGAAGUAGUUACAAUUGAUGAUAGUUCUGAUGAUGAUUGCAUAUUGUUGUCGGAGGAGGAAGAGGAGGAGGAUUACAAUGAAAGUGACGAUGCUACGAACAGUGGUUUGCAUGUCAAGGAUAUGUAUAAUAUACCCGAUGAGUAUGGCCGAGUUGUUGUGAAUAUUGCACACCCCGAGGGUGAAGAAACGUUAUACUUGGCUCCUCAGAUUGCUAAAGUUAUCAAACCCCAUCAAAUUGGCGGCGUGCGUUUUUUAUACGACAACAUCAUUGAAUCGACAAGAAGAUUUCAAAAAUCCAGCGGCUUCGGUUGCAUACUCGCUCAUUCCAUGGGGCUGGGCAAAACCUUGCAAGUUGUUUCCUUCUGUGAUAUAUUUUUAAGACACACUUCGGCCAAGACCGUGCUCUGCGUGAUGCCAAUUAAUACUCUACAAAAUUGGCUAAGCGAGUUCAAUAUGUGGAUACCACGCCACUCAGAAGAUCACAACAUUCGUCCACGUAAUUUCGAUAUUUUUGUGUUGAACGAUCAGCAAAAAAAUCUGACUGCUCGAGCAAAGGUAAUUCUGAAUUGGGUGCACAAUGGUGGAGUUCUAUUGAUAGGCUACGAAUUGUUUCGCUUACUCGCCCUGAAGUUGGUAACGACGCGCAAGAAGAAGGGGAAAAAUCUGCACCAUGAUGCACAUGAUACGAGCAAGGAUCUAAUGAAUAUGGCAUUUGAAGCACUGGUAAAGCCCGGUCCGGACUUGGUAAUUUGCGAUGAAGGACAUCGCAUCAAGAACUCACAUGCUGGCAUCUCACUUGCAUUGAAACAAAUACGAACUCGUCGUCGCAUCGUUCUCACCGGAUAUCCACUACAAAAUAAUUUAUUGGAGUACUGGUGCAUGGUGGACUUUGUGCGUCCUAACUAUCUUGGUACUCGUACUGAGUUCUGCAACAUGUUUGAGAGGCCAAUACAGAAUGGUCAAUGUGUCGACUCGACUCCCGAUGAUAUCAAGCUAAUGAGAUAUAGAGCGCAUGUUCUGCAUUCUUUGCUUUUGGGUUUUGUGCAACGACGUUCACAUACUGUACUCCAAACAACUUUACCACAAAAGUUGGAGUAUGUUAUCCUCGUGCGAAUGACGCCUUUUCAACGCAAGCUUUACGAUACCUUCAUGACGGAUGUGGUGCGUAAGAAGGCAUUUCCCAAUCCAUUGAAAGCUUUUGCAGUCUGUUGUAAGAUUUGGAAUCAUCCCGAUGUUUUGUACAACUUUCUAAAAAAAUGUGAGACUGAUUUAGAUUUAGAAAUUGAUGAAGAAUCUGCCAAGGCCUCUGCAAAUUCAAGCGUUGAGCCAGGAGCGAGUAAUGUUGCUGCACCAAUAAUCUCUCAGAGCACUGAACUCAAACCUAAUUUGAAUGGACCUCCAAAUCAACCGACAACUAACGUUGGCUUUAAUAACUCUGCUAACUCUGAAUUAAAUAAAAACUACGCAGAUAAAAGCUACUGCGCGCAAAAGGAGGAUCAACUCAACAACUAUAGUAACUACAAUGCAGAAGGCAAAGGCAAUUAUUGGUUGGAUUCUACAAUGCUGUCGAAGCCGAGCUAUGUGGAGGUUAUAAAGCCAACAGAUACGAAUAUGACAAAAGAUUUUGAAACUAUCACUGGCUCAUCGCAAAUUGUUGAUUUGGAUACGAAUGAAAUCAAAACUGUGGAAAGAAAUACGUUGCCUAUUCCCGUAAAUCAACAACACGCAUUAAAUGCUGGCGAUAAUUCUACAAAGAGCCUUAACAGUAUUAACAAUGACGCAAUAAAGAAAGUCGUCAAACCAAAAAGAAAUGACGAGUUCUCAUGUUCCUGGGCUCUUGACAUUAUGAAGAACUACGUGCCCGACCAAAUAUCCAAUUCACCUAAAAUGGAGAUAUUUUUUUGCAUUAUGAAGGAGAGCAUAUUUAUGGGCGAUCGUAUAUUGUUAUUUAGUCAAAGUCUGCUAACAUUGAAUCUAAUCGAAGGUUUCCUAAAAUCAAGUUAUGUGCCAGGUAGCACAGAGUUUUGGAUCCGCAAUUUUUCCUAUUUUCGACUCGAUGGCUCGACCUCCUCACAGGAAAGAGAGAGACUUGUAAAUGAGUUUAACGCGAAUCGUAAUAUUAAGCUCUUCUUAAUAUCUACCAGAGCGGGUUCUUUGGGUAUCAAUUUGACUGGCGCAAACCGAGUUAUCAUAUUUGAUGCCAGCUGGAAUCCUUGCCACGACACACAAGCGUAUAGAAUCUAUCGUUAUGGACAAACAAAACCGUGUUAUGUGUACAGAAUUGUCAUGGAUAAAUGCCUGGAAAAGAAGAUUUAUGAUCGACAAAUCAAAAAGCAAGGAAUGUCGGAUAGAAUUGUUGAUGAGUGCAAUCCAGAGGCACAUUUAUCGAUGAAAGAUAUCACAAAUUUAUGCCACGAUUACAGCUCAGACGAUGAGCGUGCGGAGGGUGAAGUUGAUAAAUCUGAUGAGGCCAAGGCAACUGCGUCAACAGCUCAAACUGCAUCGGCAACUCCAGCUGAAUCAGCAACUACAACUGAAUCCGCUACUACAACUGAAUCAGCAACUACAUCUGCGUCUGCCCCUGCAACUGAAACUGAAACUGCAUCUACAUCUGCAUCGGCAACUGAAACUUCAACACCAACUUCAACUCCAACGACAGCGAAGAUAAAAGACGAUCCCUCAGUUCCGACAACUACCCAUUUGGAUCCCAUAAUUAAUACCAUUAUUGAAUUGCAUAAGAACUAUAUAACAAAAGAUCCCUUCCUUCAUGAAAGUUUACUGGUUGAUCAGAAGGACAGACAGUUGUCGCAAGCUGAGAAAAGACAGGCACAUCGAAGUUAUGAGCUUGAAAAGAAAGCAUCCGUGAAUCAAAAACUCACGUAUACUUCAGGGAAAAUGCAAUAUAAAAUUGUGAACAACGAUGGCACUGUUGUUACUCGACCCGUCGCAUCGAUAAAACCAAUUCAGACAAAGAAAACAAACAGUACUGUGACUGGAGGUCGCUCGACACGAUGGAUUCCUGCUGAAGUGUGGCAAAGGCAAGGCAUGACCGCUCAGGAAAUGACAUUGCCACUUGAUGUUGUCAUUCCAACAAAUUCAUCGGAGAAAUCAAACAUAAUACUCAAAGCGGGACAAAGGGUUAUGGUGUUAAAAUCAACAAAAGGCAUCUACAUGCAAUUGGAUAGUGGCAAAAUUAUUGCAAUUCGGACAACUUCCAAGCGCACCGAUGAUAAGAGUAGCAAAGAUGACGUGAUUGACAUAACAUCUGAUUGUGAUGCAGAUACGCCCAAGCCCAAGUCAUCAGAGCCAGAAAAAACGACGGAUAAAUCUACCGAACAAACCUCAAAUGGCGUGGCCGCUACUAAAGAGUGCCCACAACGCGAGGCCACAGAUACAACUUCUUUCACGAGCACUGGAAGCAUCAGCGAUUUGCAGCAACCAAAACCACAAAUAUCACAGACUAAUAACCAUAAUCAAAGCGUCGAAAGUAAUGCAGCAACAAUAUUGCAACAACCGAUGCCGGAAAAUGUAGAAUAUCAAAAGCAACAACAGCUUUAUAAGCAUGAAGCGCAGUUGCCCAUUACCGAAUCCUAUAAUAGUUCCAUUAACGUUCAGCCGAAUACAUCACAUGCACAAACAACUCCAUCAACUAAUCUACCCAAUAAUGAAUUUACUGAGAAUUCCUAUUUUGCUGGCAAAAAUGUGCAGCAUCCAUUUCCUCCCCAAUAUUAUACUAAUUAUUACGACAAUAAGAGCACGCCGACAACGCCCGCAAAUUAUCAUCUCAACAAUUACACGCCCUACGGUCAUUUCAAUUUCUCUCCCUAUCAUUCCAACUUCCAUUCAUCGCCUGGUUAUAGUGGUAGCUCUGCAGCAUAUAUUAACUCCAAUGUGUUUCCGAGACAACCAUGGAAUGCCGUUGGUAAUCAUCAGACGAGCAAUGAAUCGAUUCGUCAGCAGCAAUAUAUGGGAAAUACAACAUACCCAAUCAAUGAAUGGUCCUCACAAUAAACAAAUUGUAAUCAAAUAACAAACACAACACCCACUAUGUAUUUCUUGAAUUCACUUUUGACUAAUUUAUUUAUUAGACUAGAUGAAAAUUAUCUUGAAAUGUAGCACUAAAUACAAAAUAAGAUUAGUUUG